CGGAAGUGUUGUUUCCUCCGCUGUUGACGGAACAGCUAACGGUGAACAGAGGGAGCAGAGGCUGGAGAACAGACACCGACGACAGGUUCAUCACCGGAGCAUCACACAGUUAAACAGGACAUGUCUGUCAGGAUGGAAAUGGAUCUCAGUGGCGUUUCCCGGACACACGUCUCCAUUUGUCCUGCGGCUGAGAUCAAAGCCACGCUGAAACCAGAAGCAGAGAGACCUCGCUGCUCCAGCACGCCGUGUUCUCCCAUCAAAGCUGGGUACCAGAUCCUGCACAUGGACUCCAACUACCUGGUGGGCUUCACCACCGGCGAGGAGCUGCUCAAACUCGCCCACAAGUGGUCUGAAGGUCCCCCGGAGAAGAGUCCGGUAUCAGAGGAGGUGCCCGGCCCCGUCCAGAGCGCCAUCCCCAAGUCUGCGGACCUGGGCGUCCACCGCUCAUCGAGAAUCUUCAAAGCCAAAAAUCGCUACUAUCAACCGUACGACAUCCCCACCGCUAACGGGCGGAGGCGGCGGCGUAUGCCGAGCUCGAGUGAACCUGCCAGGAGCCUGCACAGCCCACUGCCACUCUGUCUGCUCAAAGGAAAAGGCGCCCAGUCCAAGUCUCUGGAUUACCUUAAUCUGGACAAAAUCUGCAUCAAAGAGUCGUCGGACACUGAGGUGUUACAGUACCAGCUGCAGCACCUGACCCUGCGAGGAGAGCGCGUGUUUCCCAGAAACAAGACAUGAAAUGCACUGGACGGCCUUUUUUUGUGUGUUUUUUUGGUUAAUUUCUUGGUUGUUGUUUUUUCAGGCGUCCCUCGCCCUGUGAGGUUUUAGGUGCUAUUUCCAGCUCGGUUUAUUUGUACUCAGAUUAUAAAGCAGUUCUUAACGAAGACAGUCUGAUAAUCCAGUUAAAUGAUUAACUGCCGGGGUUUUUAACCUCGUGCCGUACAGGUGACGUCGUGAGGGAAAUCACUUAAAUCAGUCCUCACAAUGUAACGAGGCCCUGAACGCCUCGUUUCCACGCAGGUCUGCGUCUGUUCAGAUGUUUAUUUAUAGUUCUUCAGGAGGAGCCAGUGACUGUACAUUCAUACCACAUGGUUCAUAAAAGCAUUAAAGUCAUGUUUUACGGCUGACAUCUUGCCAUUGCUCCGUUGCUGCUGUUAGCAUUCCCCUCUUUUUCCUUUUUUUAGUUGGGGGUGUUCCAGUUGUAGUCAGAAGUUGAAAUUUCCGAGUUCAGGGGGCGUUCAGUUGAAGGAAAGUCAGAUUUCAGACAUUUUGGAGCAAACUCACAAACCCUGACAUAGGAUUGAUUCCAAGAUGGCUGCCGCUUUGGUCUUAUUUGUUUUACGUUAAGUCAUUCAGAUUUGUUUUACGUUAAGUCAGUCAGAUUUGUUUUACGUUAAGUCGGUCUUAUUUGUUUUACGUUAAGUCAUUCAGAUUUGUUUUACGUUAAGUCAGUCAGAUUUGUUUUACGUUAAGUCAUUCAGAUUUGUUUUACGUUAAGUCAGUCAGAUAUGUUUUACGUAAAGUCGGUCUUAUUUGUUUUACGUUAAGUCAUUCAGAUUUGUUUUACGUUAAGUCGGUCUUAUUUGUUUUACGUUAAGUCAUUCAGAUUUGUUUUACGUUAAGUCAGUCAGAUAUGUUUUACGUAAAGUCAGUCAGAUUUGUUUUACGUUAAGUCAUUCAGAUUUGUUUUACGUUAAGUCGGUCUUAUUUGUUUUACUUUAAGUCAUUCAGAUUUGUUUUACGUUAAGUCGGUCAGAUUUGUUUUACGUUAAGUCGGUCAGAUUUGUUUUACGUAAAGUCAGUCAGAUUUGUUUUACGUUAAGUCAUUCAGAUUUGUUUUACGUUAAGUCAGUCAGAUAUGUUUUACGUAAAGUCGGUCUUAUUUGUUUUACGUUAAGUCAUUCAGAUUUGUUUCACGUUAAGUCAGUCAGAUUUGUUUUACAUUAAGUCAGUCAGAUUUGUUUUACGUAAAGUCAGUCAUAUUUUUUUUACGUUAAGUCAGUCAGACACAUAUAAAAUGUUUUUUAGUCGUGGACAUGUUGCUACACUAUUUCUAUUUGCAAAAUACCAUGUAAGUGUUGUUACGACUGCUAACAGUGACUAGCCUGAGAUACGUUAGUAUUUGUGACUAACCAACUUUGGACGUUUUGCUACACCACUUGCAUGUACAAAUUAACGUGUACAGCGCUUGUUAUCUUCUUUUAUUGCUAAAAACAGCUAGCCCGAGAUAUUUUUUAACUGUUUUUUUCAACUGGAACGCGAUGAAGUCGGAGGUGACGUCUCUUACAGUUCCGACUUUCCGAUGUAAAUGUAACACUCCACCAGAUACAAGUAGGGACUUUCCAUUAGAGCGCCCCCUGAAGUUGUAUUUCCAGCUCUUUAUGUGACAAAUUUAAGAUGGCUGCUACGAUGAACUGUCCCACCGGUGUCUGUGGACAUGUUGCUAAGGUGUCUUCAUUUUUAAGACUAGACUAGCUUGCUAGUUAGCAAACCUAGCUAUAAUGAUAACAUUAACUUUUUCUCCAAACACACUCUUUGUCACAGGAAGUUAGCUUAAAAACAAGCUAGCUAAGAGGUACUUUGUUAGAAUUCCUGUUUUGAAGUCGUGACUGAAUUAACAGACGUGAAAAGGAAGGAAAAACUGUGGUGGAAACGAGGCGUGUGGUAAAAAAAAAAACAAAAAAAAACGAAACAAUGUGAAUCAUAUAAACUUAGCAAUAACUAGUGAACCUAUUUAUUGGCGGUGUUUUCGUGUGUUUGUGUGUGGAGACGCUGAGGAAAAGCACAUAUCACAGAUCAGAGCUUUAACCCGCUACAGGCCUGUACGUGUGUGAGGAGCCACGCUCGUGGACCAUUUAUUUAACAAUUAACGCUCUGCAUUAACAAUAGUAUGAUUAAAGUUUCACUAUGUUACUACAUUUAUUUACAACUGUCAAUUAUUACCAGUGUUUUGAACCUCUUUUUUUUAUCAUUAAAUGGAAAAAAAAAAUAAUUUGAUUUUGAUUGUGAUGGCAGUUAAUUUAAAGGGAUAGUUCAGUCUUUUCCCCAGUGUGGUUGUAUGAGGUUUUUAAUGCUAACAUAUUUUAAUGACUUAAAAAGGCGAAGUUAAAUAAUUUGAGCAUUAAAAAUGUGUCUACUGCUUUAUCUCACUGGAGGAAAGCCGGGAGGGGAAGUUUGUGUCAACCACUCUCUCUCUCCCACACCAAAGCCCUUAGAGAAAAUCAGCGUUUUAAGCUCACAGGGACACAGUGAGCUGCUGGUCUGCUGCUGCGUCGUUCAGCAAGUUUGGGCCACUUUGGUAAUUCAGAACAAAUUAUUUCCAACAUAGAAGUUGCAAAAUAACACGUUUAAACACACUGACGGGAGCAGCAGUGGAUUGACAACGUCUCUAUGUAGUGGUUCAGAAACGCUGGUUUUCUCUAUGGGAUUUGGUGUGGGGGAAGUGGAGCUGUUUACAAAGUGACAUAAACUGCAGUUUUUCUGAGAUAAAGCAGUCAAACAUGUUCUUAAGAUGUCACAGACUUAAUUUUGUUCUAAAAUAACACCCACACUUCAGAUAAAAUCCCCUACUAUCCCUUUGAGUUAAGUUAAGUCUGGAAGUUGGUGAAUCUAAUGAUCACAUGGCAUCACAUCCUCUACAUAUGGAGAGUGAAAUGUAUAAAUGAACAUGGGUGGAGUCUUAUUUUCAGUCUCUUCUGAUUGGUUGAUAUCGUUUAGGAACCAUUUUAGUGCAUCUCUUGGUUUUGUUUUGUACUGAGUGUGUGUGUGUGUGUGUGUGUGCGUGCGUGUGUGUGUGUUCCCCUCUUACAGCUGGAUUAUCGGAUGCGUUCAAUCCAACGCCUCGCCUGCAGAAAACUCCCUCUUUUUUUCUUCUUUUUUUAAAAAUCUGCACCUGAUUGCACUGUUGGAUAUGAACCACAGAGACGUCAGUGCACCGUGAUACAUGUCGCCACGGCAACCGCCAGGUGUUGACAGUAAAACGCUGCAAUAUUGUACAUAAAAAAAAACAUAAAAGAAAAAGCAAGCCAUGUGAACACUUACAGCUCUGCGAGGAGUCGGCACGCCCCCCCUGAGUUUUGGCACGGUUGUUUAAUUUGAGCGGAACAUUUAUGUUCAUCGUUGUCAGUGUGUCGUGUGACGUACGACACUUCCUGUGCCGAGAGCCUCAGACACCGAGGCUAGCUCUCACAUUAACAAACAGAUUUGAGCCAAAACCGAACAGUUAACUGUAAAUGUGAAACUUGUUUUGAUGUCAAACUCUGGGGGGGGGGCCGUACAAACUUGUCUCACUGUAAAUUCACUCUUAUGCACUUCUGUUAAACCAAACAGAAACUGUACGCUUCGUGUUACCUGAUGACUGUUAGACGAUUAAAGCUUAUUUCCAACAGUUUUAAA